UCUUUAUUUUAUUCGAUUACCUAUUCAGUAUCCAGUCAAGUUCUCCAGAGUCCCGCUAAUAAUCCUAUUAUUUGAGUCAAGUGGGUUGAAAGAUUUUGUUCUAUUUCGUUCUCAUGACUGUAAAAGUGGUGAUUAUCACAUUUACAACCAACAGCGCCCUCUGAUUGUUGCAGAUUUCGUUGUAACAACGCCACAGAGCGCUUUGUUUUCCUCAUGAAGAAGCCUGUUGCUAGGAACGCAACAGCUGUCGCUAGGCUUAGGGCCCCUGUCCAUUUUUUAGUCCACAGAAAUGCCGGAUUUGAAUUUUUCAUUAUGUCGUAAAAUUAUUUUUAAAUAUAUAUUUUUUGUUGAUAUAGUGCAGUAAUUAAUCCAAACUAUGAUAACUUCUAAAGGUUUACGCAUGAAAGGUCAAAUGAAACGAGUUAAUAAUAACUUUUAUUGCUAGGCAGUUAAGUAGGUCCACACAACCGUUUCUUCAGUUACUGAAAACACAACUUAACAUUAACAUUAGGCUUUGUCGGUCUCCAGAUGUAACAAAAAGCAUCGUCGUUAGUCUUAAUAACUUGUUUUAUGUAAGUUGUACGUUUUGCUCAUAACGUUGACUGCCACUUGUGUUUUCACACAGGAGCUACAUUAUCAUCACAGUGUUUGUUUCGGUUCGACCGUUAGCCCGCGGUGGUUCAGAUGGAUUCUUACCACGUACUAAACCUGGUGGGAGAGGGCUCAUUCGGCCGAGUUUACAAGGGGAGAAAAAAGUUCACCGGCAAGGUCGUAGCUCUAAAGUUUAUGCCGAAAGUGGGUCGGACUGAAAAAGAGCUGAGAAGUUUGAAGAGAGAAAUAGAAAUUAUGAGAGAUCUUCGACACCCAAAUAUAGUCCAGCUCUUUGACAGCUUUGAGACUGAAACCGAGGUUGUGGUUGUAACUGAGUAUGCAGAAGGCCAGUUGUUCCAGAUUUUGGAGGAUGAUGGACACUUGCCAGAAAGCCAGGUGCGAGAAAUUGCCUGCCAGCUGGUCUCUGCUCUGUAUUAUUUACACUCCCAUCGCAUCCUUCACCGUGACAUGAAACCUCAAAAUAUCCUGCUAGGAAAAAGCGGUGUGGUGAAGCUCUGUGACUUUGGGUUUGCCAGAGCGAUGAGCGUCUCCACCCUGGUCCUGACUUCCAUCAAGGGAACACCGCUGUACAUGUCGCCUGAGAUCGUAGAGGAGAAGCCGUACGACCACACUGCUGACCUGUGGGCUCUGGGCUGCAUUUUGUAUGAGCUCCACACGGGGGUGCCACCGUUCUACACCAACUCCAUCUUCCACUUGGUGCAGCUCAUUGUAAAAGAUCCGAUCAAAUGGCCGGACACGAUGAGCGACAGCUGCAUGAGUUUCCUGAAAGGUUUGUUGACUAAAGACCCACAGAAACGUUUGUCAUGGCCAGACCUCCUGCACCACUCCUUUGUUGCUGAUGGUGUUUUAGUGCUGUCAGACACCAACCUCUUCAGCCCACUGACAGUCACACCUAGCCCAGACGUGGUGGCCAGGAAGAUGAAGCAAGUGGCAGAAAAGUCUGUGCCGACAUCAGGAGAGAGCAUAUUAAUGAGAAAGGCCAGGGAGCAGAUGGAGCUCCAAAAGAGAGAGAAAAAGAAGGAAGGGUGUGAAAGAAUGAAUCCUGCUGCAGUAAUGGCGUCGCCUAAAGCCCUCUCCAUUGAAGUUCCUGCAGCGUCUGGCCAGUUGGCCUCGGCAGCCAAUCAAAGCAUGAACCUGAAGAGUAAAACACGCGCCACACCAAAACAAAGGGGUCAGAUCAGCAGAGACUACGAACAGGAGUUUCCCUCCGUUGAGGUCGGGCCGCGACUCGUGCGCAGAGGGAAUGACAGACCAGCCGCACUUCACAGGCAGGAUGUUGCUACUGAAAGGCACUGUGAGAAUCGUGUCCAGGAAACAGACCUAAGCAGGCAGCAGAAGAAGCUCGUAAACUACAAUGACAUCAUAUGCCAAAUUAAAUCCAGCAUUACAGCAUUUCAGGUUCAGCUGAUAGGUGUCGGUGUUAUAAACGUGCAGCAGAUUGAGCAGGUGAUAAAGGUCCUACGAAACUUGAUCGUGACCCCUGACCUCGAGAAGUCUCACCACAUCAGCCAUGAACUUAAACUACCACAAUCCUUCUUUGAGCUGAUCAGAGAUUCUGUUUCAAACACUGAUUUUAUCAAGGAGCAGAGGAAUGUGCUUACUCUUGGAGAAAUUAUUAAAUUUAUUCUGUUCUACUGGGAAAGGCAUCGUGGUUGGGUGGAAGACGAGCCCAGACUGGAAGAGUUCACUGAGCCGCUCAAGGCGAUUAUCAGUCAGUCAGAUCUCACUGCUCUGGCACCGCUCGCUGCUUCUGUUUUAUCUCUCUUCACUCUACAUGGUGUUGAUGUUUUUGUCGACGUGGAGAAUUUGACUUCCCUGCUGAAAAUGCAUCCCUCGCCUCUGGUGUUACCGCCUCCUGGUUGGGGACUGUAUGAUGGCCUCCUCUCUUUACUCCUACACGCGUUGUCUGAGGAUGACCAUGCUUCAGUCUCAUCUAAGUUAAAUCCACUUGUGUUCUUGGAUUUGUGGAAAAAAGUUGGUUCUUCACUCGCAAGCCCAAUGCCAAACCUGGACUUAUUUUCAGCAGAUGGAAUUUACUCUUUUCUGUCUAUUGCCCUGCUUAUCUUCACAAAGGACCUGAACUCAUGCAUUCCUCUUUUUUCUGACAAAAAGUCUCAGUGUGUAUACACGCUCUGCCGGUUGCUCAGCAACGACUGUCCUCAUUUAUCAGCCAAGCCUCCCUGUGGGACCGCCGACACGGAGCUGAGCUGCGACUCUCUGUCCACGUUGAGCUGCCACCUGCUCUGCUUUCCGUUUGCUCUGGACCUGCCGCCACACACCAUGGCCGCCGUCCUGCAGGUGUACGACAGCUGUCAUGUUGCUUCCAGCCUCCUGCAGGUAAUUCAGACAUUCCCUCCAUCUCAGCUGGAGCUGCCUCUCUCCCUGCUGAGCCGUUUGCUGUUGUGUGAUCCUGAGCGCUCCGUGUCCCACGUCGGAGGAGGUGCUUCUGGCUUUUUUUCGUCAACUCAGAGCAACCAGCUCUUUCCCUCCAAAAAUCCCACCGCUGUGACCAGAACUGCCAGCUCUCUGCUCUCUGACUUGCUGCGUCAGGAUGAGCUGUGGGACUGUGCUGUGGAGCUCCUGAAUCUCUUGUCCCAAGUGGCCCGCUGCUCCUCUCAGCCCGCUUCCCCUCGGAUAUCUGUUGAGGCCGCGGCGCUGCAGCAGGCGCUGACUCAUCCGUACGACCAGAUCAGAGUUGCCACAUGUAGGUUUGUGGGGAAUUUGGAACCAUUCAGGGCUAAUCGAGCGCAUAACCUGCAGGCUGACAUUUUCAGACAGAUGAUAGACGCUCUUAAUGACUCCUGCACACAGGUGCGGCGGACGGCAUGCAGGGCGGUGGGGAACUGGCUGGGAUACGUUGCAGCAAAGUUUAAAACGGGAGGAAGCCGCAGUGACUCUUCAGGGUGGGGCAAAGAGAGCAAUCGCAGUAAAGAAGCGCAUUCACACGUCGAAGCAGCUGGUGACGCGGUGACGGAGCAGAUGUUUGACGCAGAUGAACAGAGGCGAUGGACAGACGAAGCUCAGAGGUCGGCCGCCUCGUUGACCUGCCUGCUCUCGGACCGCGACGCCGUCACGCGGCGUCACUGCUGUGCGGCUCUGGGAAACCUGGUGAACGUUGACGGCGUCGUGUCGGUGCUGGAUGAAGAGGCGUACAGCUCUCUUCUCAGAGUCGCGUGCAAUGAUUCAAACAACGGCGUGAGAGAAGCUGCAAUCGCAGCUCUGAAACUCUGCAGCCAGCAGGAUGCGGUGCAGCGGGGAAGUUGACGAGAAGAGGGACGUCCGUGUCCCUUAGAAGUGUGCUGCACAAUAUUUGGGCGACUGGAGCAAUAACGAAAUCACACUUCUGACUGCUUUAAACAUGAAUUGGGAGUAAAAACUCCACAAACCCCAGUUAAAAAAAAAAAAAAGCAAUUUCCCAACAUUUAGAAGCUGCGGCGACUUGCUUGCUCCUUCACCUUUUUCUUUGAUUUAAUCACUCACAGAUUUUAGCUCUUUACAAAUGUUUAUGAUUUUUUCCAUCUGAACAAAACAUCACCAGAUCAUGAUGCUGCCACUUGUUCCCAAGUUAGCCUAAAGUUCAAGUUGGGUUUCUGCAAAAUGCAGCGCAUUCUUCUUCAAGGUUUUAGGUGAUUUUUGUCCGGUCAGAGUCCCUUUUUAAUUAAUUUAUUUAUUUAUUUAUUUUUGGAAGAAAAGGUUUGCGUCUUUCAACCAUUACCCAUAAUGGUUGAAAACACAUGGAAACAUGUAGACCAGAACUGCCUGUUGGUUCUUGAUCAUCAUUUCCUGUUGAUCUUUAGCUGAAGGAUGCAAAUGUCAAGACAAACGUUCCAGAACUGCUGACCUUUAUUUAAUGUUAACUUGACUUUGGUUAAUGGCAGGUGUAAGAAGACUCGAUACUGAAACUGAGUGGUUCAACAAAGUAGCUUAGGAUGAGAACAGGCAACAACCAGGUUACUGCAGCUUUUCUAUUCUUCUUUACUUGAACCUCGUCACUCAUUCGUUUCCAGUUUCGCUGUACAUGAAUAAAUAUCUCAUUAAAAUCAAACAUUUAAAGGA